CGCGCGGCAGGUGAUUCAGCUCCUCUGGAUGGAUGAUGCUGAGCGGAGGAGGCGCGCAGGAGGGGCUGCUGGAUCUUCACUAAAUCUCGCGCUGUAACGAGCGCAAGAGGAGCAAAACCGGAACAUUUCCCUGGCUAACAAAACACCCAAAACCCCGUUAUGCCUCCUAUACGGUGGAUUUGUGUCCUGUCAUCUUUGAUAGCAUCGUUUUGAGGGGAAAUAAACCGUGCGAAUCGGACAUCUUGUAUUUCUCGGCUCGCGAGCGCGCUUAGUCCUACAAACUGAAUAUAAAACGGCUUCUGGGAAGGGACGAGGUUGGAAUAAGUGAAGACGUCGCCAAAACCACCAUGGCUUGGCCCUGUAUCUCCAGAGCCUGCUGCAUGGCUCGGUUCUGGAGCCAGCUGGACAAGGCCGACAUUGCGGUGCCGUUGGUUUUCACCAAAUACUCAGACGUGUCCGAAAUGCAGCAUCUCCACCUGCAGCAGCCCGUGCAGAAGAUCGCGAUUGAAACACAGCCGCUUCAUCAUGAUCACGAGCCGGUGACCAGAGCACCUCAUGCCGGCCACGACGAGCACUCCUUCGGCUCUGUGAUGCGCCAGGACUUUAAACACUGGAAAGUUCGUCCGGAGCCCAGCUGCAAGCCCAAGAACGAGUACCACGGCCCUGAGAUCCCCUUUAACACCGAGACCCAGUAUCAGAAGGACUACAAGCCCUGGCCUAUCCCAAAGAAGGGAGAUCACCCAUGGAUACCCAAACCCUCUCCAAGCAUCUCAGCGGGCAAACACAGCAGCCCGGAGAUGAUGAUGGACAGUGGCGUGGAGAAGAGUGAGAUUGCUGAUAAGGUGCCAGAGAAGGAGAUUCUGUCCAGUGAAAGGAAAAAGAGGCAGGUGAAGAAAGUGGCAGUGGUUUCUGAAAACAACGCAGGGGUGAAGUUGGAUAGGGAUGCCAGCGCUGUGGAGGGGAAAGGAAGGGCGGCUGUGGAUGCCCUCAAUCGGCAGAUCAAACGAGAAGUCUCCUCUGGAAGCUCCUACAGGACUGAGUUCAAAGCCUACACAGACGUGAAACCUGUGAAACUCAUCAGGGCCAAGUCUCAAUAUAAGCCUCCCGAUGAUAAGACUGACCUGGAGACCAGUUACAGCGCCACCUACAGGGCCUACCAGUCUAGUCAGCAGCCAGACGACAACAAGGCCCUGGAGAGGAGGAGGAUACGCACACUGUACCACGAGCCUUACAGAGAGAGCAGUAAGGUGGAGAAAACCAGUCUUCCUCGCUCUAAACCGAAAAAGAGCUCCUCCACAUCCGCCACACCCGGGAAACCUCUGAAAAAGUCCAAGGAGAAGCAGGCGACGUCGGUGCGCGGCUCCAAGAAGAAGAGCUCCGAGAACCAGCCGGAGAGCAGAGCGGUGCAGGCGGACAAGGAGAAAAGUAAAGAGAUCAACAACAAACUGGCUGAGGCGAAAGAGUAAAAACCAUUGCACUUCUUCUCUCAUUUAAUCUCUUCCUGAAAGGGUGAAAGCAGAACAAAGGCUGCAAAAUUAUUUAAUAAGAGGUUCUCAUUCCUUUAUUGUUCUCUCCAUUGCUGCCCCCUUUCUCUCUCUCUCUCUCUCUCUCUCUCUCUCUCUCUAUCUGAUGCACCUCGUUUUAUUCUUCACUGUAUAUCUUCAAUAACCCCACCACCUCUUUCUCUCACUCUCUUUCUCUCUGAGAGGUCAGUGGGCUGUUUUAAGUACAUUUUCAGGGUUCAGAUUCGAUCUAUUCAGUCUCGCUGGCGAUUUCAAAGCGUUUGCAUUUACUAUAGCUCCACCCACUCUCCUCAUUUCCACGGCGAGGUUUCCAUGACAACCGCUCUAUUGGUUGGCCAAUGGAUGCUCUUAUCUUGCAUGGAGCCAUUGGCAAGAAGCGCUGUAUGUUUCACUUCCCAUCAGAUGCACAGACUGGUGGAUUUCAUUUAUCAAGGGUUUUAACAAGUUGUAUCCGAUAAGCCUCUUUAAAGCCUUGCUUAUGUAAAUUGGGCAACAUUUAAAAGCCACAAAGGCCAAUUUGUGAUUCAGAAAUCUUUGAUAAAUGUGCAUCUUUGAUUUUAAAACGAUAUCGACUGAUUUCUUGCUUGCUUUGCCUGUUUUAUGUUAGUCUUUUUUUACUGAACACUUCAAUCACCCUGGUGAUAUGUUAUGAUUUCAGAUCACUGAUGAUUUUAAAGGGGUCAUCAACUGCCAUAUUGGUUUAAUUUGUACUGAUCUAUUGCACUGCUUUGAUUUAGGUUAAAAAAACAACAUAAAUACUUAGUAUAUAGCGAUCUGUAAUAGCAGACAUAUCAAUAGUGACCACAAUAAAAAAGUGUGUGUUUUGCCCAACAUAGGCUCAUUCUGAAAAUGUAGCCCUAUAUACAUCUCUGGAGAUCACGAAUAACAUAGCCGGAAAUACGUAUGGCUGGAUUUCGUCCUUAAAACGUACUCUACGCGGCGGAAGCUGUUCCUUUUCACGAUUACCAGCUGACCACUUAUCUCAGUGUGCCCGUUUUUUUUUUUUGCUGUUACCUGUAUGUCCAGUGGCUCACUAUGUACGUCGGUGGACUUGAGACAUACAGAGGAGAUGACCUCGACGACAGUCUGGUGAAAAAAGUUCCAGAAAGCAGGUAAUUAAAAA